AUGAGAAAUCACAAGUCCCCAACAACCAAGAUGGGAGUCUUGCACAAGGAAGCAAAAAGCAGUCCGCCGACAGUUGAAGAGACCACGGAAAAGUAUGGCUUGGAAGUAGGCCUAGCACAGUCGUUGAAAGAAAAGGAUGGCGAAUCUGCAAAAUCGUUGCUGAAAAAAUAUGGAAUCGCCUACUUGGCAACAUCCAUCCCUCUAGCCCUUGUCAGUUUCACCAUUUGCUACUUUUUGGUGGACAACGGCGUUGAUGUCGCAGCUCUGUUAUCUAAAGUUGGUAUUGAAUCUUCCGGAGCUGCCGAUAAGGCAGGUACUUUCGCCAUUGCCUAUGCAGCACAUAAGGCAGCCAGCCCGAUCCGCUUUCCUCCAACUGUGAUUUUGACUCCAGUUGUUGCGAAACUCAUUGGAAAAGAACCAGAAGAUGAAGCGGAAUUAUAG